AUGGGAUUCCAAGGGCAGGGCUCACACAGUAAGAAAACAAGGAAUGUGUCUGCCACUUUCGCCCCGCCAAGAGCCGGGAGCGGAGCCGCUGGAGAACCGGCUGCUAGGGCUUAUUCAAUAGCCGAGGCGGUGAGGGGCGCGACUGGGGCAGGGUACGACCCCCAGGGUUACUGGGCAGUGCCGAGACCCUCUGCACACCGACCAGAGAAACUACGAGAACUGUCCACGCUUGAACGCUGUUCCCACGAGUCGCAGGCCCUUGACACUAGUGCUCGCUCCUUGGCAAUCACCCCCAGUGAACUACACAGUGGCCAUGACGUUGGGGAGGAACGCUUGGAUUCCAGGUUUGCUGAGGGCCUCAAGUCCCCUCCAUCAUGUCUUAGUCUAAUAAAUAAUUUUUUCAAGCCAGGGAAGCUAAGAAAGGCGGAGAGGAACCUUAAAGAAAAAACAUUGGUGGAAAUGAGGGAACUGAACAAGCAAAUAAAACAAGCUCGAAUCCACCAGGAACCGCUGCUGAAGGACAACAGGCAGCUACAAACAGAAAAGUUACUUGUCCAGGCUGAGAACAAAUUCUUCCUGGAAUACCUGACUAACAAAACUGAGGAAUACAGAAGGCAACCUGAGAAGCUGUGGAACAGCUAUGUACAAAAGUGUGGCGAAAUUGAACAAAGAAGACAAGAAUCAGCCUCCAGAUAUGAACAACAAACUUCAGUGCUUAAAACAGAGCUCUUGCAAAAGGAAAAGAUUCAAUCCAAUUUGAAACAGCAAUUGCAGGCAAUGAGGGACAUUUCUAUAUUAAGGGAGACACAGGAACUAGAAAUACGGACAUUACAGGAGGAGGAGAAAAAAGUCCAAGCUGAGGCGGCUGCAAAGAAACAGAAAGUACAGGUCCAGUUCCUCCAGGAAAAAGCAUUGCUGGAGAAACAACUGAGUGAGCCAGACAUAAGGCAGCUGGGAAAGAGAAAAAGAAGGGAGCACAAGAGGAAUGCCCAGGCCUUGGAGUUGGCAGCAAAGCAGUCUAUUUUUGAGUUCUCCCUUGGCAUCAUCAGAGAGAACCAGCAGUUACAGAAGAAAUUGCUGCAGCUAACUCAGCAAUCCCAGAAGUUGGAGGCUACUCAAAGCCAGUUAAAAAAUCGGAAGCAGCAGCUGCAGCAGGAACAGUGGUAUGUGGAGUGCUUAAUCCGGGGGAGGCAACGACUGCAAGGAAGGCAUAAUUGGUGCCUAAAAGAACAGGAUGCUCCGAAGACCACAUCCACUCCUCCCCCAGGCACCAAAUCAAGAAUUAAUCCAAAGUAA